AUGGCCUCUUUGAACAAAGACUUGGUGAUGAUUGUGCUACAGUUCCUCCGGGAGGAGAACUUCAAAGAGGCUGCUCGCAGUUUGGAGAAAGAAUCAGGGUUUUAUUUCAACAUAAGAUACUUUGAGGAAAAAGUUCUGGCUGGUGAAUGGGAUGAAGUUGAGAAAUACCUGUCCGGAUUUACCAAUGUAGAGGACAACAGAUUCUCCGUGAAGAUUUAUUUCGAGCUUCGAAAACACAAAUACUUGGAGGCUCUUGACAGGAAAGACAAGAUAGAAGCACUUCAUAUCCUGGAGAAUGAGUUAAAAGUAUUCUCUCGGGUUAAAAAUGAUUUAUAUAGAGAUAUGACUCUGCUGUUGUCUCUUGAUAAUUUCAGGGAGAAUGAGCACCUAUCAAAGUACGGUAACAUGGUAGAAGCUCGUGGGACAAUGAUGAUGGAGCUAAAGAAGAUUAUUGGAGCUAAUCCAGUCUUCAACGGCAAGCUUGAGUUCCCUAGCUUGCGGUCAGCAAGAUUGCGAACAUUGGUCAACCAGAGUUUGAACUGGCAGCACCACUUGUGCGGAAACAAUAGGCCUUAUCCGGACAAUAUAAAGACGUUGUACACAGACCAUACAUGUGGACUGUCAAAGGGUUCUCUUGCAACUCUACCUGUCAAUUUUCCAGCUGCUGGAAGUGCCAAUCCCACCUCCUUCACGCGGCCCGGAGUUUAUACUCCAUUUCCAGUUCCUGCAUCAGCUAUUUCCAAUCAAGGUCAAGGUCAGGGUCAAGUAUCUACUCUGAACCGCACAGUCACUGCUCCAGCUAGGCUAGAUAUGGACGAGUAUCAGUUACUCAAGCAUUUGCGGACUGCACAGCCUGUUGAGGAGGUUGCUUUCCCGGGUGUGCCCUUGCCAACUCUUAAUGAGGUUGAUGCUGUUGGUAAAAAUAAGGGAAUAUUAAACCCCGUGGAUGAUGCAGUCAAUAAGACCACACCCUGGCAGUUAACAGCAGAGAAGAUUGAUCAUCCUGUUCGAUGUCGGCUGGUAACACUGAAUGCCUCAGAUGCUGGAGACAAGGUUUCUCAGCUUUUAUAUACAAAUGCCGGCACUGGAAUAUUGGUGCUUGGAUCAAGUGGAUUUCAGAUGUUGUAUAAGUGGGUGCGCCAUGAAAACAAUCCAAGUGGAAAGGCCACCGCAAAAGAACUUCCCCAUUUGUGGAAGCCAAGUAGCGGUUUACUUAUGGCCAAUGAUAUUGCAGGUGUUGACCUCCAGAAAUCUUCUCCCUGCAUUGCCCUCACAAAGAAUGACUCUUACGUCAUGUCUGCUUGUGGCGGAAAGGUUUCAGUGUUCAAUGCACUCACCUACGGGGUAAUGACUACUUUCAUGUCAACUCCACCAGUACCGACCUUCCUGGCAUUUUUUCCUCGGGACAAUAACUACGUAGCUGUUGGAAUGGAUGAUUCCACUAUCCACAUCUACAAUGUUCGGGGUGACGAGGUGAAAUGUAUACUGAAAGGCCACCAGGACCGGGUGACAGGUUUAGCCUUCUCCACGAAACUUAAUAUCUUGAUCUCCUCAGGAGCUGAUGCCCAUAUCUGUAUCUGGAGCACUGAUACAUGGGAGAAGAAAAAUUCUUUUCCCUUGCAACUAACUACUUCUGAAUCAUGUAGUGCAUGUACCGGUGACACACGAGUACAACUCCAUCAUGAUGAAAUUCAAUUUCUGGUGUCACAUGGAACACAACUUGCACUAUAUGAUGCAGAAAAUGUGGAUCGUGUUCAACGGUGGAUCCCUCAGGAUGCCCUUUCAGCACAAAUUACUUCUGCAGCAUUCUCCUGCAACAGCAUGCUAGUCUAUGCCUCUUUUUGUGAUGGCAGUAUUGGCAUCUUCGAUGCAGAGAGGCUGAGUUUAAGAUGCCAUCUUAACCCCUCAGUUUACUUAUCGCUAAAAGGAAGUCAAAUUGUGUAUUCGGUGGUGGUUGCAGCACAUCCACAGGAUCCCUAUCAAUUUGCUGUAGGGUUGACAGAUGGAUCAGUGAAAGUCAUUGGACCCUUCGAGCCAGAAGGGAAGUGGGAAGUGUUUAAACCACCUGAGGAAGGUUUUGCAAAUGGUAGGAGUGCAUCGACAUCCACAAGUCACCACGCAGCUGAGCAAGUGCAAAGAUGA